AUGAUGGUCGCCAAACACCUCCAGCGCGCCGAAACGACGUCAGCCGCGGCCGCCCCUCCAGCUGCCGUGACUGCCCAGGGUGCGCUCCCAGGCGGUCCCGCUAGCGCCCCUCGGUCUGCGGAAGACGCAGAGCGUGGAGAAGGCCUCGAGGGCAGCAACGAGAUGGUGACGGCGGAUGCGACCCUACUCGUGGAGGAGCCCGAGCAGGAGGCUUCUCCAGGUGCCUCAGCAGGCGGGGGGACAGCGUCGCGAGUUGAGCGACUCGACGACGCCGAGCCCCCCUGGCCAGGAGGGCCUCAGAGCGCAGUCAACCGUGGAGCCCCAGUGGCUCCUGCUGCUCCUGGAGAUCCGCGCCACGCUGGCAGACUGGUGCAGGCGAUCCCACAGCGGACCACCGCUGCUCGAGGAGACUUGCUGAGCAAACCGAAGGGCGGUGGUAAGUUCGUGCCGGGAGUGGAGCUGCUGCUGGGCGCGUCUCCAGAACGUACCGGCGCCCAUGGCGAUCUAGUGCGCAACGCCCCCGCGUGUCCCUCCCCUCGUCCACCUGCGUCUGUUGUACCUGCGGCGAUGACCGUAAGUGGCGCCUCCGGAGGAGCCGCAGCGCUUUCGCGUGACACACAGUCGCUGGACCUGGUACGAAACGCUUCGUGCGUUGUACCAGCACUCUUCACGGAGCCCGUUCCGAGUACGGAUUCGCUGUCUGCCGCGGGCCGUGCGGGCGCCUCCGCCGCGCCGGGCGUUAAGGGCGGACACCGGCGGGUGUUGGCGCGCAUCAAGGCGGAAUCAGCGGAGCGCGCCCGCAGCCGAUUGUUAAGGGAAGCUAGACGACUCGCAUCGUCUGCCAGAGUGAAUUUGUUUCCCUUUUCGGAGUCGUCGCCUCACCCCACCGAACACGACGACGGGACAUCGUCGGACGCGACGAGCUCGCACUCGUCGACCUCUUCGUCUCGCUCUCACUCGGGAGACGAACUCUACUGCAAGACGAUGCUCUCGCGCGCACCGGAAAGCAGAAACGCCACCAGCGACGACAGCCACGGUCGAGACCUGCGGACUGAGGAAGAUCCAAGCAGCGCGAGCACCGACGAGGGGCAUGCACCACGCACGGCCGUGGUCGCGCGUGGCAGGGGGGCGGUCAGUUCCGAUGAAGCAGCCUCGCGGCGGUUAACUUCGCCGGUGGAAGUCCUCUCGCGUUUCGCCCGUCUGGCCCUAACAGCGGGGAGGCCGAGCCAGAGAAGAACCCACAGGGCGAGGGGAGGGGGGGGCACGAAGCGCAUUCAUGCCGCCGCUGCAGCGAGACACGCAGCUCCACGCGGUGUGAGGAGGCUGUCGUCGCAAGCCUCCUCCGCGACGAGCAACUUCAGCAGCUCCCGUUCGGCGUCCGUCGUGUCCGCUUCGUCGGACGCGACAUCGACGUCCUCAGACAGCAGCGUCUCCACUGUGGAGGCAGCCAGGAGGGACCGGGUACGGAGAAGACAGGAGCUGGAGAUACGUGCACGUGGCGCGCAAGCGGCAUUGAGCCAGGAACGACGCCUGCCAAGCAGGCGCAUGCCGACGCAGGCUCCGCGACUCCACAGGCCCCAUCCCGUGUUUUCUUCGUCUCUGUCUUCGUCCGCAUCAUCCGGCGAAGACUACCACCAGGUGCACUGCUCCACGCACGCCCGUCAGCAUCCAGUGACGCGUGAGCCUAGUAUGCGCUCACCCGCCUUUCGGUCGCCUGCGCCUGCCCGUCCUGACGCCGUUGCAGGCGGCUUGGCGUGGGCGCAGGCAGAAGUGUCCUCGCGCCCCCUGCAGGUCUCUUCUGGAUCGCCUGCUACGGCUUCGCCGUUGUCGCGGCCGUCUGCGGACCGACGCCUUCCGUCGCGGAGCCCGGCUCGGCGCGCGUCUGAAGUCGUUCGGGCUAGAGCUGCAGGCGUCCCUUUGCUUCGGCUGCGGUCGCUGGCGCGCUUGACUGCCGUGAAGGAGAACGCCCAGCGCGCGCAGGCAAGAGUCCGACCGGAGGUUGAGGCGUCAAGCCAGGAGGAGGCAUACCAACAACGAAGGAGAGUGGCACUGCUUCGCGGCGCCGACGCGUGGCUCGCGCUGCUGACGCCACUGGGCGACUCGCCUUCGCGAGGCCGCUUGCGAACGAACUCCUCGAGUCCUCUCUCCUCGAACACCAGCUCUUCGGAUUCCGACGAGGGAGGAAGGCGCGCUAGAAAAGAAUUCAGGAAGGAAUGCGGCGCCGUCGGCGCGGGGCGGUCGACAGAGGAGCAAGUGAGCAAACAUGACUUUGCAGCAGAUGCGGCUGGACGCGUGGAGGCAGCGGCACCGGGCGCGGUGCAGACGCCCGCGCGGGUGGUGUCGUCUGAGUUGUUUGAGGAGACAGAAACGGAGAGCGAGUCUGAACACGAAACGAAGAACGAGAAAGGUGGGCGUCACACUGGCUUUUUCUCCAGAUGGUUCCCGCCGAAACCCCAAACAUCAGAGGCUGCUACGACAGCCACGCAGGGCGCCAGCCGUCUUCGGAGAGACCAUCGAUCUGGUUCGAUCGAACGCGGCGUUCCGCUGCCAUCUUCACCUUCCUCACCGCAGGCCUCCCACCCGUCGUCUCCACCCCCAACUUCUCUAUCUCCGUCUUCGUUCGCCUCAUCUGACUCAGGCGCCUCGCCGCGAAGCCGCUUGUGGACUCAGCAACAGCGAGCACUGCGACGUCGCACGCGCGAGGCUGCAGGACAGAGGCGCAGAGACCCGCGAAAGCGCGCGAGUACCUUGUUUGGCCUUCUGGAUCUUUUCCCGCCGUCAGGGACUGCAAGGCGGCGCAAGGAGGGCUGGCGAAUCAGCGAAGGUGGUUCAGGAGCGGCCGCGUCUUCCCUGGCGACUACAGAGUUGGAUGGAGAGGUGCAGUGGCGCCCAGACGCCUCCUUCGUCGCAGUUCCGGUCGCUGCAACAGCAGUUGACACCUCGCCGCCGGAACACACCCGAGGGAUGGAGACCCUAGAGAGCUGCGAGGGACGGCGACGCGCGAGGCAGAGCGAACGCGACGAGACGAGCCAGCCAAGCAGCGCGCCUUCACGCGUUCGCGGGGAAAUGGCGGACAAUGUCAGGGAGGGAAAUGCCCUAGACAAGGCGUCAUGCGAAGGAAUGACGAACCAGAGACAGGGCGCGAGCGCCGUAGGCGAUCGGCACAGUGAGGAGUUCAGUGAGGUCAACAAGCACGACGAUCCGACCGAUCCAGCAGCAAGCGGCGACGCGCCCUCGCCGUCCGCUCAUCGAACGCCCCAAACUGCAGCUUCUCUUGGCCGUCGUUUCAACGGCUGCUCCAGUUCAUCCUUGAGCUUGUCUUAUCCUGGUAGCUCUUCGCUGCGUUCUGCCUCGUUCGCAUCGCAGGCUCGCUCGUCUCCUGUCUCUGCAGCUUUCGACGCUUCUGUCCCUUCCGCGCCGUCACCGCCUGACCCUGAACAGGGGCGUGAACCGCGCGCCGCAGUCACGGCCUCUUUCGCGGCCUCGCAGCCUUCCGGAGCCGCGAAGAGAGUCGUCGUCGAUGUGCGGGAACGAGGCGCAGCACGGGGAGAGAAAGAGAUGGGGGAGCGAGCGGCUGUGGGUGGCGAAAUCCACGUAGGCCACACUCACCGGAAACAAGAAAACGCGUUUUCGUCCGCCUCCUCUGUGUCACCUCGAGCGUCGUCUUCUGCCUGGUCAUCGUCGCCUUCAACCUCAGCAGCUGCCUCCCCCACCGCCUCUUCGGCCUCGUCGCCUUCUUCGUUCCUGGUGGGCCCCCUCGGCCGCGGCACAACGUCGUUUUUUGCGUGGAUACGAGGAGAGGACGUAGAGGCGGAUUCGACGGAGAUAGACCCGGAGAGAGAAGAGAGGGCGCCGAUGUCUUCGGCCCUCUUGCCUCCUUCAGCCUCCGCAGUGGCUGGCAGCAGAAGAGGCGAGAACUUCGCACGUACUGUCUCUCGCCUUUCGCCGGCGUCUGGCGAUAUUCACGCAGCAUCGGGACAAGGCGAACUCGCGACCACCCGGUCUUUGUCGCGUGUGGAAGGCGAUGCCCAUCCGUCAGAGCCUGCUUCUGCUUCUUCGUCAUCUUCACCUCCGACGCGUCCUGCAGGCCGGGGUGUGGAAGCUCCGUCCAGCCCGCGGCCUAACCCAGCGGUCUCUGCGGCUCCACAGGAUUCUGUGUCUGCAGUUCAGCCCCUGCGUGCGUUAUCGACGCCGUCCUCAGCUCCGCGUGAGACUCGUGCGGAUUCGAGGCGUCAAGUGAAGACAGGCUCAAGGCACGCAGGGGUCGUUCAAGUUGCGUCUGAACGUUCGUCUUCGUCACCGCGCUCCCCAGUCGCGCCGCCCUCCGGUGUGUUGCGUUCGUUGUCGUCGACGGCGUCGGCAGCCUCUGUCGCGGCUUGUGAUCCGCCUGUCUCCUCCUCAACUGGACCGUCGCCAUCCCGCCCCGAGGCUUGUCCCGCGGCUGCUGCUGUUGUCCAUUUCAGCGCCGCAUCCGCGUCGCUUUGCGCCGGCGCGCUCGCCGCGUCGCCUAACUGCGCGCCCGCCGCGUCGCCUAACUGCGCGCCUUCGACGUCGUCGUCGCCUUCUGUGCUGCCCCUCUCCGCUGCCUCCGGGGGUCGCGGCGCAGAGACCGCCGCGCACUUUCUUUCUCCAGCUUCCUCCGUCUCGUCUCCAGGCUCGCCCUCGUGUCCGUCUGCGCCUCUCGUGGAUGCGCCUCUGCACGGGCCUUCUUUGCACGUUCCCUCGCCUUCGUCUCCGCAGUCCUCUCCUUCGCCUGCGUCCUUCUCCGGGCGCGUCUCGGGAUCGGUGCCAGAAGCCGCGCACCGCCUGCCCACUUCGAAGUUCCGCUGGGUAGACCUCGACCGUCUCCCCCUCACAUCGCAGGUCGCCUUCGAUGAUCUGACGCAGGCCAUGCGCCGGCGCGCGUGCGCUGGACAUCUCCAGGGCGCGUGCUGCUGCUGCAUUGGAUGCUCCACAGACUGUUCGCAGGCGGCGUCCGGUCUGCUUUCGUCCCUCUCUGUUCCUGGCGAUGCCUUCGAGACUCUGAAGAGAGACGGCAUGUGCACUUGCUUCUGUGGGACGUGCUGCUGCACCCGACGCCUGUGCGAUGACGAGACCGACGCAGGCGUCAAGCGACUGUCGACGGCGACCGGUCAUUCCUCCGCAUUCCCUCGUGAAGCUCCGGAUCUCUCAUUCCUAUUCGAAAUUCGUGACGGGGGUGCGCUGCGCUCCUCCUCGGGCAUGGCGAGAUCUCCGAGUGCACUCAGCCAGGGAGGUUUGUCGGCUUCUGCGCAUCCGUCCAUCGCCGCCUUUCUCGCCUCGCGCAUCCCCUCAUUCCACGCGGGCUUGCCACCCGCGCGGCUCGCCGAGCUCCAGGCGAGGGCUUCGACGCAGCUGGCGGCGACGGUGGCGAACCAAGUGGCGCUGGCGGCCCGCUUGUUGGUGCACGCGCCAGCCAACGAGCUGGUGAUUCCGUCGCUCGACCUGUUUUUGAAUCAGCGGAAAGUGCGGUCUUUGAUGGGGGUGCCGAGUCGGAACGUUGUGGAGCAGCUGCUGCGAAUCCUCGGGCGGUUUCCCCGCUUCGCCUUGCCGCUGUACGACACCUUCCUCCUGGAGCAGGUCUGCGAGGACCCCGUGCUCCACCCCAGGCUGCAGGGCCUCGAAAUUCCUUUCCGGCUGCUGACGCACGACUUCGUUUUCCUCGGCUCGUAUGCCUAUUUGGCAGACCUUCCGCCGUGGUCUCGGCCGCCAGUAAAAGUACUGCGCGUCUACAAGUUCCAGCAGCUGCAGUUGGUCGAUACUGGCGAGACGCGCGAAGAGGCGACGGCUUCUGCGACGGCGCGGCAGCGGUCGUCGUGCGUAUCUCGGUCCUCGUUUGAGGAUUUCGAUCUAGAGGGGGAAGACGACGGGAUUCAGCGCGGGGGCGGGUUUGGGCGCAGAAGCAGCGUAGGAAGUGACUCGGGGCCUGAGACGUACGAGGAGCCGGAAGGCGUGCGGCGCCGACCCAGCAUGCGCAGGGACCGGUCGGCGCGAUGGCGAGGAGACAGCCACGGGACCACAACGUGGGCGCCGGCAAGCCCGGAGAGGCGACCGCUGGGAUGCGACAGCCCAGGCGGAAGCACCGGCGCAGGGAGGGACAGGGAGACAACAUCCGACCGUCCCCUGCAAGCGGCUCGCUCGUGCGCGGCUAUGCGGCGACCAGAAAGCGAGCCUCAGGAGUCUGAGGGGCGCGGCGCCGGAAAGCGCGAAGAGAUGCGGAGAAGACAGCCGGGCAGGAGAGGAGGCGAGGAUGAGCGGCUGCGGCGGCAGCCAUCUGAACGCGCUGGAGCAGACGCCCGACCGGUGGGAGGCACAUACUCUGCGCCGACGCACGGGGCGCGGCCAGACGACUUGGAGGCUGAGCACCUGCAAGGCCUCGCGUUCUACAACCUGAAGCUGAUGAUGGGCGACUUUGCGGAGACGCUGGAGAUCGUGGAGCUGCACUAUGGAGAAAUGUUUUACAUCGAAGGCGAUGUCUUUGCGUACUUCCGCGGAGUGACGACCUUCAUGGACUCGCAGAACUUCCGCCUCGAGAGCAUCAAGUGCCGACGGAGGGACGGUCCGCCGAUCGUCCUCACUCCGUCAGGGGCCUCGGCCUCGCCAGGCUCCGCCUCCGGAGUGGGCGAGAGCUGGAGAGGCGAGGCGGCGAGGCGCACGCCCACGCGACAGGUGCCCCGGCGGAGACGAGGAGAGCGAGGAGAGAAAGGCGGGUCCUGCGGCGCAUGCCAGGCGCGCCAGACGCCGAGCAGUGGCGACAAGGCUUGUGGGAUCUGCUGCAGGUGUCGAGCGCGGCAAGUUGCCCGCGACAGCAGCUCGUGCGUCACCUCCGAGGAGGAGAAGGAACCGGGCAUCAGCUUCGGCUGGGCAGACAGAGAGUCCCGCGUUCGGCGAGGAAGCAGCGAAGACGAUGAAGGCUCGUCGUCGGAUGAAGAGCAAGGAGGAUGGAGGGGGCGGCGCCAGGAGAUUCGGGCGCGCGAGACGGACAACCGGAGGGACCGGCUCCGACGCACGCGAGGGGGGGCGCAAGCGGAGAGACAACGGAGUCGGUCUUACCACGCGCGCGGCGCGCUCGAGACCUAUGGUUCGCGCAAGACUAAGCCCGCUGAGACUGAGACAGAGGACGACGGCGCCGGUAACGAGACAGAUGAUGAAGACAUUGACGGGUUCGUGCGUACGCGCACUCUCGUGGAUCGCGUGUACGGCCCGAAGGAUGAAGGCGGAAUAGGCUCUGGCAUUGCUCGAACCUUCACCAACAUCGUGCGCGCCUUGGAUAUGGGCAGCCGCCGCCGCACAGACAUCGUCGUGGAGGGCGCUCCGCUUCUUUCGUUCUUCUCAUCGCCCUCUUUGUUGGUCGCGCCUUCGCGGCUGCUGAGCGGCUCGCCCGGCAUCGGAGAGGAGGCGAGCUACAUAGCGACGCCAGCGAAGUGGGAGAUUCACUCCGUGACGUACGUGAAGAAACCCCGGAGCCCGUUUCCCGUCUCCACGCCUGUCGAGGAAACGGAGAGGUCCUCUGCGCGGGGCCAGGUCCGACUGCGCCGGGACGCGUCGACUGCGACUCCACCGGCGCGACCCUCAGGCCGGGCGGAGGGGCGCGACGAACAGGCGCCGGUGGGCGAGCGGGGUGCGGAGACGCGAGAAGGCUCUGACAGCCGUGACGGGAGGAGACCGACUUUUCUUGGGUACUUACUCGGCGACGACGACAUUGAGGACGACGACCCUCUCGCUUUCUUUGAUGGCACGUGGUACUGA